AUGGCCGACUUCGAUAGACAGAAAGUUGCUACUGAGUUACGAAAAUUCAGGAAAAAGCUACGGCAAAUUGAAAAAUUAGAGGACUUAGAGCGAGAAUUAACGGAAGAAGAAUAUCUUAAGGUAAUGGUGAAAGUUAAAAUUUCGUACUGAAACUGUGCCAUGGUAAACAAUAACCACGUUUAAUACGCGUCUCGUAGCAGCUAUGAUUACAAACAGUAGUGCAGACUAUACUUCUUUGCUCACAGUUUGUAAGUAAAAACGAAUGAAAAGAGAUUUGGGUCAACUUGCUUUUCAUCAAUUUGAUUAUAAUUAAAGGUUACUGAGGUCGUGGUUAACACUUACUGAAAAUGAAUUGAUUCAGCUUAACUGUAAUUUACCCGUGAGCGCGAAUGUUUUUUUUUUCCGCCAUCAACGAGUUCGUUGUUGAGAACAGAUCACCUUUGCCGGAAGCGAUAGAUAAGCACGAAAGUUAAUUUUGGCACCGAUGCCUGUUAUUUUUACCCAUCUGUUGAUUUUUUAUAAAUAGUGAGUCUGGUCCCAAGUAAGUUACAAUGCUUUUUCCCUUUUAAACCACUGAUUUUAAUUUCAAUACUCGAUUUACCAAAUACAAUUUAUAGUCUGUUUCCACACAGUUCAUGACUAGAUAGAGCAAGGCUGACCACAAAAAUGCUUUGGUUUGAACCAAAGAUGUGAAACCAUUAAAAAAAUUUUCUGUUUAAUCACUGCCAGCUUAUCAAGUGUCCUAUAAUCAUGACAGAUUUUUCUCAUAUUUCUUCAAAGAAGGAUUUACUCGCUGGUCUGUUCGGUUGAAGUUGCAGGAGCCAAAAAGUUAAAGUGUAGGACUUAAGAUUUAAGGUAUGGGUUUUAGCCAUACAUUAGGAGCUAUUUUAUUGGUGAUUUCCAGCAAAAAGCAUGAGUGUAACUUUGAUUCAAAAUGCAUCUUUUCACCUAGAAAUAUGCAUGGGUACUGGUGUAUUUUCAAGGAGACCUGAUAAGUGAUCUGCAAUGAACCAAUCAUCCCAACCCCUGACAAGCUAGAAUAAAACAACAGAGUCUUUGUUUGUGGGCAUAAAUAUGUUUUGGGCCUGACUGAGAGUCAAUUAGCCCAAGACACUAGGAGAGGACUUAAAAUGACUCAUAGAAAGGCCAAAGAGAUAGUUAUGUCCAAGAAAAGAAACUAUGUUACUAUUAUUAUCACUUUGGAAAACAUUGAGAAAUAAAAACUGAACAAAAUGACAACAAAACAGUCGGAACAAUCACACAAGCAUGCAUUUUUUAAUUCAGCCCACCAAGAUCUCUACUUAAGCUUGCAAAGUGUGUCACAAUGCCUGACAAGGUACUAAAUAAAUAACACUUAUUUUUACAUCACACUAUGGAAGCUUGGAUUAAGGUUCUUGCAGUGUGUCCCACUUGCUUUGAAUGAUCUAUCAUGCUGAUGUUAUCUUUUGUCCAUCAAUUUGCAGCUUUGUAAGUUUUUAAAUUCAAUAGAUAAUCUUUUUUUUUUUUUUUUUUUUUGACAUUCUUAGCUUUGUACAAAAGAUGAAAUACGCUCUAAAGUGCAGCAAUUGGUAGCAAGGGAAGACGAACUGAAUUUGGAAAUACAAAGAAUGGAAAAUCAAACAAAAGAAGAUGAACCCGCUCUGUUGAUUCAGCAAGAAAUAGAAGAGGAAGUAACUACCACCACUUUUUUCGCAUCUGAUGUUGAAGGAGCAGAACAAAAAGUUAUCAGUCAAAGUGUGCAGGAUGAAAAUAAACCUAAUCAAAGCAAGAGUAUGAGUACUAAUCAAGGUGCUGUUCAGGGCAAGGUGCCUGAUACUCCGCUGGCAAAUACAAAAACUUGCAUAUUGCAGUCACCAUCCCUAAACAGCGAUAUGAAGUUUUAUGUGAGAUCUUUAGAAGGUCACAACGAUGCAAUAUGUUGUAUACACUGUGAGGGUUCAGUUCUUGUGUCUGGAAGGUAUGUAUCAUUAUGUGCAGCUUGCAAUUGAUGAUAAGUAUUGCAUGGCUUUCCACUGUCAUACAUGCUUUUUGGUACAAUUUCCCUUUUUAACUCUUUAACCCCCAGAAGUGAUGAACAUGUGACUUCUUCCUGCAAUUACUAUAGGUUAUCUCCUUAGCAGGUUAUGAGAACAGACAAGCUCACCAGCCACAGGGUGUUGUUUUGAGAUGACCAAAUUCUCCUGUUAAAUAUUUGAAGAAAACUAAGGAAAUAAGGAGGAAGAAUUUCUAUCUUGAACUUGGAAUUUAAAGGGUUGAUACACACACCCAAGAUCAUCUUUUCUAAACUACCAUGAUCAUGUCAUGAUACUCCAAAGUACCAGUAGCUGGAAUAAGGAUAGUGCCCCUUCACUUCACUCCUUGGAGGAAAAAUUGCAUCAAAAUUUCUUCCCAAUAGGAACAAACUAAUGCUCAGAAAGGGUUCCCUGUGGCUAACAUAGAUGGUCAAUUUUCAAACUUUUCAACACAAAAAUGACCCUGGACUCCAAGAGGAGUUUCCCUGUGGUCAUUAAUCCUUUACAUCCUAAUAUCAGAAUCUAUAUUCUCCAUACUCUUCUCUACACAUUCUCUUUAGUGCUGACAAGGACAACUCAUUUAUCAAUGCAAGCUUCUUAGGUACUGGGCAAUUAUGUCCUUUUUUCUCAUCAUAAUAAUGAAUGAUUCAGCAGUGUUACUGUAAGGAUAAUUGAGAUGCUGGUCACUCCAAGGAUUUAAAAUACUCCACUAUCAAUACAGUCUCUGUACUCCCUUACUUAAAAAUUCAUUCCUUGGGGCCUUUACUUUAAUGGUGUAUUGAUAUCAGUACACCACCCCCCCCUCAUCCCAUGUAGUUAUUAACCCUUUAACCUCCAAGAUCUGAUUGUUAAUUCUCCCCUCUUGCUGUUACACAUUGCCCCAGUAAAUUAGUUAUGAGAAUAUGGUCUGAGAUCAAGAUAAAAACCUCUCCCUGAUAACUUUGAGUAUUCUUAUUAACUCUUUGUUGGAAAGCAUAUAGAUAUUGUAGGGAGAAGUUUCAUGUUAAUCACUUCUGAGAGUUAAAAGGGUUAGGGGACCUGUAAGCAGAAGAGGGAGAGGCUGCUUCCCCACUAAAAUAACUAGUGAUAUUACUUUCCCUCUAUUAUCCAUUUCCACUCUAACAGAAUGCUACAAUUUUUUCAAUUUCUUCAUUAGCAGCCCCAAACAAUAGUUUCUAAUACUUUGGUCGAAAGUAAUCCGAGGUUUCAUCGUUGUUCCUUUCCUUCGCACUGUAAUUGGCCGAGAAAACUGGAGCCACUCUCUCAUCCAAUCAGAUGCAAAACUAAAAGUAAUCACGACUUGGUCGCCCGCGUUUUCCCGCGCUUUGGUUUGGUUGUUUUACUUUGAGUUCUUAUUAGCUCCUCAAGGUAUAUCCCUUCAUUGGAUUGGCUGUUUUUGUUUUAAGACACUCAAUUCAAAAGCGUUCUUACAACUAUUGGAGCUAAUUCGUAGGAUAUGAGAUCAAAUCCGUAAUUUGAAGACUUCUGUGUGAUGAUAAGAAUACCUGUGUACGUUGUAUGAGCAUCUCCCUCAAAGAAAAACGGCAUAAGGCCACUGGAAAAACUUGCAUAAAUUUCUUUUGGAUUAAUUUUCUUUUGCGGUAUUUAGUUUGGACGGUAAAAUUUGUUAUGUUCAGUUGACUUCGAUGAAACGGAAAAAAGUUAGACAAACAAGAGAUUAUCAGUUUACAAUCUCCUGUAGACAACCCAUCCCUCAAAAAAUGAUUAAAUCGAUAAACAAAGAGGCUAAUCAGAUUUGUAGGGUUAGACAACCCAUCCCUUAUAAAAUUAUUAAAUCGAUAAACAAAGAGGCUAAUCAGAUUUCGAAUCCAGACAUUGCCUUAGCUGGGUAGCAGGGCAAGAAAUCCGAAGAAAAAUCGUUUUUUUUAUGACGCCUAGUGCAGCAAGUAAAUCGUAGCACUUGCGAUGUGAUUGGUGCUGGUUUGUCACAUGACCAGAGCGGCUAGAUUGAGUUGGCGGCAGCUAUUUUGACCAAGUAACGUGAAACACAGGCUAUAUUGCGAAAAGGUUAUUUGUUUCUUUAAUCGUGUCAGUUUGAAAUGACCUGGAAUACUAACAUGGUCUCUAUAGCCCUCUGCUUGAUAUUCUAUCUGAACGAUGAACCUGCCGUCGGCCUUCUUUUAUUUUUCAAGUUAAUUCCGUCGGCCAGAAUAAAAACAUUAAUAUCUAAAAUUUCCAUUCGUCAAGUUGUUAGAGUUCGUGUGUGUGAAAAGGAUAGUGUUUGAGGUUUGUACUUUGUUGCAAAUUUCUUCACGUUGUGAAUUUUGUAAUCUCGUGAACUCCUAGUAAAAACCUAUCGUGAUAGCUUAUUCACAUACCUGCCGCAAGACCAGUUCACUGCUGCGAUGUGCGGCUUUGAAUUUCUUAAUAUUUAAUGAUAAGUUAGUUUCAUCUAAUUUGCAAGAGAUUUUGGCCUUGAGGCUGUUAUUUACCGGUUGAUAAGCAAGGUAUAGCACACACCAUGGCCAAACUCAGCAAAAGCAGCAGAGAAGCGUCAUGCUAAGAUUUAACGGUGAAAGGGCGUGAAAUAUUUUAUCAGCGUUCCAACACAGUGACUUGGUGCCAUGUUGUUUAAUUUCAGGAAGGAUGAGAACAGGUAUUUUUACUAAUCGAAUGGCUCUGUUACCUGUUAUCAACUUAUCGUGCCGUACUGUUAUUCCUUAUCGACCUCAGUUACCGGCAUCGUUAGAUUUGGACAAAAAUGAAUUUGCGCUCGAAUUAUCCAGUAGAUAUUUGAUUGGAAUGUCCUAUAUUCAAUAUUCUUUCCUCCAGAUCAGUAAAUCGUGGAAAUAUAGCAUAGGCUGUUGUUUUCUCGUAGAAGAAAAGCAGUCUAAGUUCAAUGGUCGUUAACUUAUGAAAUAUUUUUGAACUGCAAUUCCAUUUAGGUGGUGAAAUUACACACGAGUAACUGUAGCUCAACCCUAGUGUCUUUUUGAUUUAUUGACAGGGGUUUCUCAAAAUGUUUGAAGGCAAUCUGUUAUACAUGUAUGCAUCUAUUUGUCUCCCAAAUAGCGCAUGAAUCUUUAUCCGUCAUUAUACAUAAACAUGUAAAAUAAUUCCAUAUAACAUACUUUUUUUGAGACAGUUGUCCAUUCGCAUAAGACGAUACACUUUUCUUACGAAAAUUUUUUUUUCCCUUAUCAUUCAUAUUUGAAUUGUGUUUAUUUAUUUAUUUUUUAUUUGUUUGUUUUUGAUAGUACAGGAAACUGUUAAUUUUUGGAUUUCCCAAUCAUGUCUUAUUUCUUAUCAUACCUAACAUAGUUAAGCUAAAUCGUGAACAUAAACCUCACACCCUAAAACCAGCAUGUAUAUUCUCCAUACUGUUCUCUUAUCAUUUCUUAAGGUGCUGAAAAGGAGAAUUCAAGAGCUUCUUUACUUGAUGAUCAUUUCUUUUAUUCUCAUGACCUUAAUGUGUGAUUCAGAGGUGAUAUUGUAAGGAGAAGAUAGAUGCUGGUCACUCCUUGGUUCCCUAGUUUUUAUCCAAAGUGCUAUUUUCAGAUUCACUUUUGUUGGUAGUUUUAAGUAUUCCGAGAAAUAUAUUUAAAACAAAGGCAAAAACCGUGAGGAGGUUCAAGUUUGUCUCGAAGUCAACUCGAUUUUUAAAACGUAAGAAAUUUUGGAUGGAUCAAUGUUAGUAUCUGAGAUUUGCGCUCUUAACCCUCCCCUCCCCUCCCCUCCCCUAACCCAACAUUAACCCCAACCUGUUAUCAGUUGAUGGUUGUCGGGUUAUGGGAGGGGUAGGUGCGCAGUUGCACAGAUACUGACAUCGAUCCUAAACUUUUUGUUCAUAUUCUACUUCACUUUUGCAACGUUACCGGUUUUUUUCCAGUCGCGACACCAUGCUAAAGUUGUGGAAUGCUGACACAGGGAAAGAGGUGAAGAGCUUGGGAGGUCAUACUGGUUCCAUAACAUCAGUUUUCCUUCUGCCGAAAAGGGAUACAUCAUCCUGCGGUGAGAGAGUGGUUUUGAUAUUUCUUUGUCUGUGUUUCUGUCUGUGUCUAUCUAUAUAUUUUUCUCUAUAAGACCUCACCCUUGAAAGGAUCCCCCUUACAACUAUGUUCAACCCUCUUUUUGUGUUGCAGCCUCUCUGAAGCGGACGUUUCGAGCGUCGUCAUUCGCUCUGACGAAGGGUUUACCCUCGAAAUGUCAGCUUUGGAAACUGUACUUAUCCACUCAGUUGUUAAAUACCAAUUUAUCUUGUAAUAUUCCCACCGACGCAGCACUACAGUUUCGGUUUUUUUUCUUUAGAAAAUGAUCCUCUUUUUUCGUCUUUUGCAAUGUCUAUCUGUAGAUCUGUCUCCGUCGGUCAGACGGUCUUUCUGUCGGUCAUCUGUCCAUCCUUUUGUUUACCUGUGUUUUCUCUGUUGCUCUAUUUGCCUCAUAUACUUCCCGUUCUAUUCGAUCUUCCUGUCUAAAUUUCCUAUUUAUUUCAUCCGUAGAGUUAUCUUAUUCGUCAGCCCUGCUUGUCUUUCUGUCGCCGUGGCUGGCGGUCAUUUUCUAGUUUUCCUAUCAACCUGUCUUGUCUUUACAUUUCUUGCUAUUUUUGUCUCCCUAGAAGUGUCUUCCAGUUUUCGACCUGAUCAGUACUCUGUUGUCACGGGCUCAAAAGAUUGCUCCAUGAAGAUCUGGUCUCUCUCAAACGGUAAGUUAAGCAGUUGUUUGCUGGGAUGCAACGCUUUAACAUGGUUACGUUGCGCGUGCUUAGUGAAGAGAGAUUCAUGAACUUUUCCGCGUGACUAGGUUGCCGACGCCUUACCAACUCCCCUCUCCCUCCCCCAAACACGCCCUCUGUAUCCUCUCUUAUACCUAAAACAGUAAGAGAUGGGAGGUGGAUCAUAUGGUCGUUUCCGUGGUAUAAUUUCCUCAGUGUUUGUACCUGCAAAAUUUCUUUAUUUCUGCUGUUUACUUGGCAUCGUGACCGCGACAAUCGGUCUGGAUUGUCAACGUGACUUUGUACGUGAUAUUUUUGUUGUCACGUUAUGGAGUCGCGUUUGUGGCCUCCAUCACGUUAUUACAUUAAAACGUCUCUUUAACGAGUCUUAACGUUGCCAGGGAUCAGAUGUUUAUUUCUCUCGUUCGUGUUAUUGUACUCGAAAAACGUUUGAAGUCACGGAAGAUAAAUUAAAUCGCUUGAUCGAUUCAAUCUCUACGUCUAAGUAUUAUGUUUACUUAUACCGCAGACGUAAUACAAUUGUUUUAUUGGUCCCUCGAGAGUUACGUAUUUGCAUAACAGGAUGGGAACCCGCUUCAGCAACUACAUCCAUAUUACUAUAACACGGGAAUAAAUACUUGUUUAUUGGAAAGCUCUUAAAAUCUUAGCAGUGGUUUGAGAGCAGUACUAUUUCCUUUCUAUUCAAAAAUGGGAUUUGUCCGUAAGUGAUGUGAAUAUGUUUUCGUUUUCGAUUUCAUUUGUAGAUACUUGUGGCUCGAAGGAUUUUCCCUUUCAUAAUUCUCAUUGCGCAGUAAAAUUUUUUUCAUUGUAAAGUGAUUUCUUCCUUCACUUUCCUCAGGUCAGAUAGAGCGAUCCAUGUAUGCCUUUUCACCUGUUGAAUGCCUCGACUGUCGCCGUAAUCUAACAGCGGCUGGACUAGGUUGGUCAAAGUUCUUAUGCUAGCAUGUGAUGUGGUUAUGUUGAUCACGUUCCUAUAAGCGAGCGAACUUUGUUCCCUUAGUUUGCCAACGCGUAGACUUUAAGACGGACGUCAUAACUUAAACAUAACCAGAACGUCAUAAGCGAAGUGUUUAUACUGAGUGUCGCUGGAUCAGUUGUACUUUCUGUGUGAGAAACAAGCAAAGUAAUUUAUUGCGUCAGCCUAAGCUGGGGUCUUCAAGAUAUCAGUUACAACAGAAUAUGGUGUAAAUAAUCGAACUCUUGGUUUAACUGACGCGAAACAUAACAUAAAAAACUAUGAAUAUGAGAGUUAGAACGGCAAUUCAGUAUCACUUGUAUCUUAACAAGCUUUUUUUCUGUGUAUACAUUUGAAUUGUUGCUUUAAUGACCAACUGAUAUUAGUUAACAUAUUUGAUCUGUUGAUCUGUUUUAAUCGUGAGUCGCAGAGUGACAAAUAUAUUCGUCUGUCAGAGAAACGGCGAAACUCCGUUGAUUUCAAAUAAAAAAAGAACCUCUCAAUUAAUCGUGUGAAUCCGAGUGAAUGGUCUUGUAUGUUUUAUAAAUAGUGGAAGGCAAAAACUAUUAUGUAAUUUUAUAGAUGGCGGUAAAGUUGAGCUGUGGGACCUUGAGACCGGAAAUGCUGUGAGAUCUGUGCGUGGUCACGAUGAAGAUGCCGUCACGGCCAUCAAGGUAUCCAUGGUAACAUAGUCUUUGUAGGCGGACAAGCGGAAAUCACCCGCAUGAAGACUGGUUUUUUUAAUUUUUUUCGGCUGAUGUUCGCGGGUGUUAAUAAAAGCAGGAAUUGGAAAUAGGUAUGGGCAGGAGCCCUAGUAUGGGGAAGGGGCACCAGUAAUUAUUUAAAAAGCUGGGAUUGGUCAUGGAAUGCUUAGUAUUAUCAUUUGAUUUUUGGGCCUGAAAAGUAAUGCAGUAUGAUUAGGGUUUCGACAAAAGGUUUGGAAACUGUUAAUUAUUACUUUCUUAGAAAAAUUAAGCGAAGUUCAUUCAUGAAAUGAUACUUUUCGCUCUUAUAUAUACGAAUUUGUUGCUUUUAGGCUUAGCCAAAGGUUAUGUAGAGAAAUUUGAUUUUUUUUCAUGUGAAAGGAGUACAUGCGUUUUUACUUUUAAAAAAUUAGAAAGAGCAUAAUUCUUGCUCAAACUGCUGGACUUCGUUUAAAUAUUUUUUUGGCUAUUAUUUUAUCCUCUAGUUCCAGGACGACCGUGUGAUCAGUGGCUCGGCCAGUGGAGUGGUGAAAGUCUGGGACGUGAGAGACAAUUCUCUUAAGCCUGUCAUGAGCUCGGACCAGGCUCCUGUGGGCCAAACUACCGCGGGUGUGACCGUCAAACCCAGAAGGGUGCGUUGCUUGGCAACAACAGAGGAAACAAUUUACUGGGGAGAUGAUGGAGUUAACAUGAAGGCAAUGGACUUGAAAUCAGGUACAGAUAUCGCAUAAAUUUACUUGAAUUACUUCUGGUCAUGCCUAAAUCUAAUCCUAUGAUGCCUGACUAAUUUUUCUUUUUCACCGCUUAGGUAAACUCCGAAAGAUUCGUAAUCACGUAACAGAAUUCGGGUCGACAGGUGCCAUGGAAACGACGGGUUCGUGUCUUGUUAGCACUGGUUACGACCUGGACCGUGGGAAUGGAUACUUGAAUGGUAUGGCUUGGGUUUUUUUACCUUGCUCUGUGUGGUUGCCUCACAUCAUGGCUUCAUGAUGUUGCAUGAAUAAUUAUUCUAUAGCUUUAAAAGAGCUAUUCACGCUCUUUGCACACCCAGUAAAACUCGACUCGAGUCAGAUCACAAGAGCAUACUAACAUCGGCAAAUUAGAUAGCCUUUAGACGAGACGUAACUUUGGCCAGCGAGUGCUCAGUACAUGUUUCUUCUUGGUGAAAAAAAAAAGCCGCCAUCUUCGGCAGCGGAAGGCUGGGGAGGGGAAAGAGGCAGGGGCCGGACCCCGCCUCCUAGCCACACCGUCCACUUUAACUCUAAGUCAAACAUGGCCGGUCAAAUAAAUGAUUGCGAGCAUGUAACAUUAACUCGCCCUUGAAAAACGGCAACAUGGCUGGCUACCAAUUAGAAUAUAAAAAAAAUAUCUCAAAGAACCAGUGAGCACUCAAGUGAAGAGAGGUGACGUGUGUGGAGUGCGGGGAAAUUCGUGUGACGUUGUCUUGAUUGGUUCCAGUUUUGCAUUUGAUUGGAUGAAGGGUUGAGUGAGUCCUGUGGGCCAAUCAAAGAAGGAAAUCAAACCAAUUUAAUCAAUGCACUCAAAAAAUUGCUCCUAACAGAUCAUUUAAGCAGGUUUGUUGGUUGAUCUUGAACUCAGUUUAAUUUGUCCCAUUUUCGUUGGUUUAGUUCGCAGUUUACCCUCAGAGGAAUAUGUAGCAACCGUAGACGACAGAAACACCGGAAGCAUCACGUGCCUAUCAUGCACGCAGACAGCACGCGAUCACGUGACCCUUCACAGGAUGUGCACGGGAGGAGUGGAGCUGAAACUUUGGGAUCAGUUGCCGAGUUCAAAGGUCAAGAAACGAUCGAGGUAGAUAAAGGUUUCUUUUCCCGUAACAUUUCUUUCAAUUUCACUCUCUCUUAGCAUUAGUCGGGAGACAAACGAGUUUUCAAAAGGCAAAAAAUGUUUAACUCCGGAUCUCGCCUUGGUGCAUGUAGCUGACAGAAGUCAUAAUGCGUACCUUCAGUCGCGCUUUAUCUUCAGUUUUAUUUUGAUCCUUUCCAAGACUAAUUAGCAUCGAAGCAGUAACCGGAAUCGUGAGAUUUGAGGAAUUAAUUUAUGCGAAUGCCUUUUCAAAUUGACGCUCACACCCUAAAUGACUGUCUCAUCAAAGAAAACAACGAUAAUACACAUAAGCCUUUUAACCGUUUGAACCCUAAGUGACCAGCAUCAAGUUUCUCCUUACAAUAUCACCUAUGAAUCAAACAUCAAGGUCACGAGUAUUAAGUAUAUGAUCACCAGUUAAAGAAGUUUCUUGAUUGUCAAACAAAUUCUCCUUGUCAGCGCGUUAGGAAAAUUUAUAGAGAACAGUGUGGAGAAUAUGCAUACUUAUUUUGGGGUGGAGAGGGUUGAAGGAAAAAGCUGUAAGGGGAAUUUUGGUCAAAACAGCAAACGAAGACAGGUGAUAUCAUAAACCUCUCUAUAGACGGUUCCCAAACUAACUUUAAUCAGCUGAAGACAACCAAGAACGAUAGAAGUAGUAAUUUUUGGAACUAUUAAAGUGAUAUACUUGUUGCUCAAUGACAAACGGAACUAGCUUUCCAUAGCUGUCAGGAAAAGUUAACCAAAUUUUCUCUUUUUUCACAGACCGGAAACAGAGGACUGCUACGUCACAGCUAAGCAUAUCCGGCGCUUCAGUUUCCCGGAUUUUAGUGACACGGAGAGCAGCGAGGAUGAGGACGACAUACCGGCAGGCGACGAAUCUGAUGACGACGAUGACGUCAGCACGACCGGAAGUUCGUCACGAUCUUGGUGCACAAUAUCCUAGGCAAAAAACUAGGUGUAGCAGACAUCAAAUAUCAUGAUGCAUUUCGCACGUGCAAACGAGUGCAGCCGGCUGAGGCGUCCUCCGCCCAAAGAUAAUGGAUAUGUCAGUUGAAUGAAUCGAGGCAUUCUUGCGAUCGUCGAGAGGCAGUUUUGAUCCACAAAUGUCUCUCAAGGCUCUACCUUGCGUGGUGUUAGGAUACGCAGUGAUAAAUGGGAGAAUUUUAAGGAAUUAAGGAAAAAUCGACCUUGGAAGAAAGGUUUUCAAUAUCCAAAAUUGCUCAGUUUUUACUUAUAUUUCUUCUUGUUUUCCAUGGUAUUUUAACACACAAACAAUAGACGUUACCGUUGUUGUGGGAGCUAUUCAUCAUGGGAUGGUACUAAUCUUUUAUUCGCUGUCUUUUUUGGACAGACAAAUGUUAUAAACACCAAGUGUUUUUUAUUGAGUGUCUCUAUCUUGUUACACUAUUUGAACAUUAAUUACACUGGGGUGAAUUCUAAAAGGAGUUAGUAAGAGUAAGUGGUUGGGGUGUGCUCUGUAGAUCAUAAAAUGACGUCACAUGUAACGUCACGCUCAGAAAUCCUCGCUAUGUCAAGAAAAAAAUUGUUAGUCACUCGGAAAUUUUAUCCUCAACUUCUCCAAAUCUUCCUACGUUAACAGUCACUAUGGCGGCACAAAAUUGCUUUAUUUGUUGAAAACUUACCAAUGCUUUUUAAAAACAAAAUAGAGUACAAGGCUCGCUCUUUCCAGUUAAAGUCAAUACAAGACAGUUGUUUUACCUCAAGGAAGCAGCAACAGGGACCGCGCAGAGGGAGGGGCUAAGGGAGCUUUAGCGCCCCCCCCCCCCACUUUUUUGCAAACAUAAAAAAAAAUUAAAUAAAAAAUAUCCUAACAAAAAUA